AUGCACGUCUCCACCGAGCUCUUCCCCAAUGCCGAAGUCACCGCGGCGGUGACCGAGUAUGCCAUCGCCAACUCCACCGGUCUCGGCGAGGUCAUUAACCAGCACCGCAAUGACACUCUGGAGUUCACGCAGCGGGAGGCUCAGGAUCCGGCCAUGAUGAUCAAUACCCUCCAGGCUCAAUUCAUGGUGUUUAUCGCAAAGAUGCACCGUGUCAAGAAGGUCCUCGAGAUUGGCUGCUUCACUGGCUACUCCGCACUCGCCUGGGCCAGUGCUGUGAGCGACUAUCCCGACGGCGAGGUCGUUACCCUCGACCUGGACUACGUAGCCACGACCUUUGCCGAGUCCACCUUCGCAAAGCAGGACACCAACAAGGUGAUCAAGCUAAUCAAAGGCCCCGCGAGCGAAACAAUCACCACCCUCGCCGGCCGACAAUUCGACCUGAUCUUCAUUGACGCCAACAAGGAAGGGUACAUUGAGUACCUGCAGAAAGUGCUCUCGCUGAAACUAUUGGCACCCAAUGGCGUGAUCUUUGCGGACAACACGCUGUACCGUGGGCUCGUUGCAAACACGGAGAAUAAUCCUGCGGCGAAGAAUCAGGCUCAGGUCGGGAGGUCGAAGCAUAUCGAUGCGUUUAAUAAGUUUGUGGCGGCUCAUCAGGAGCUCGAGAAUGUGCUGGUUCCCGCGUUUGAUGGGAUCAAUAUGAUUCGGUAUAAGAAUGGGGGGAGUUAGGGUGUUGGGGAGUUAGGGAGUUAGGGAGUUCGGGCAAAUGGAGUCAUCAGUUCUCAUGUGGUCUUUUCACUGCUAGGGUCGAAUGAUGUGAUGAUGGAACGAAUUUUGUAUCUCUCAAUGAACGGCAGUCAUCAACAAACCCCUAC